AAGGCGACUUUGAUACAUUCCUCUAAUAUUCUUAAGAACAGAUAAACAGUGUGAAAGAAACAGAAAAAGACGCUGUGAAUCGGAGAUGGAGGGGGAGGAAGGAGGAGGCAUAAGGCUGAGCAAGAGAAUAUCAAACGGAGAAGUUGACUACAAGACCAAAUCUGGCACCGCUUGGAGCCACUCCUAUCUCAACCAGAAGCCAUGGCACCCUCUCUCUUACCCUAACCAACGCCGCAAGUGGAUCGCCGAACAGACUCACGCCAAUCACCAACGCCGCGCCGAUGAAGUCGCUCGCGAGUUCGCACAGGAGCAAGAGUUUUUUCGCCAGACCGCGCUCAUCUCCAAAAAGGAGAAGGAAAAGGUGGAGUUGAUGCAAGCGGUUAGCUUCAUGUAUGUUCGUCCUCCUGGUUACAAUGCGGAAAGUGCAAAAGCUGCGGAGAUGAAUGAUGAAAAGAAAAGAGAAGAUAUGAGCAAGGAGCCUCAACGUGCAAAUGUUGAUGAUGGACCUUCCUCUUCCAUACCGCAGAGUUCGUUGCAUUUGAGUGAAGAGAGGAAAAAACCGAGGCCAAAGGAUGUUUUUGGGCGUCCUCUGCCAACUGAAGAAGAAUUUGAAGUUCUAAAAAAUGCGCCGAGGCUGGAAACAGGAGUUCCUGCCAGGGUGAAACCAUUUGGAGUUGAAGUCCGAAAUGUAAAAUGUUUAAGAUGCGGGAACUAUGGUCACCAAAGUGGUGAUCGUGAAUGUCCAUUGAAGGAUGCUAUAAUGCCUAGUGAGGAAAGCAGAUUGAAAAGAGAUGAUCCCUUGAAUGCUAUCCUUGCCCACACAGAUCCUACUGAGCCCCUAAGAUGGGAACUCAAGCAGAAGCCAGGAAUCAGUCCUCCUCGUGGAGGGUUCAAGCCAGAUGAUCCCAACCAGCAGAUAGUUGCUGAGGACAUAUUUGAUGAGUAUGGAGGUUUUCUUGGUAUGGAUAAUAUCCCAGAGCUAUUAACCAACUUCUCUAAGAAACCGAAGAAGUCCAAAAAGAGCAAGCGCAAAAGGCAGCAACAAGUAAAUUCAGAAAGCGAAGAAUCGUCAGAUGAUGGAGAGAGGAAGGGUAUGAAAAAAAAGGUUAAGAUAAGCAAAAAGAAGUGUGGAAAGUCAAGCUCAUCAGAAACUUCAGUCCCUGAACAAGGUCAUGGAAACAGCAGACACAAGAGUUCCUAUUCGUCAGAAGAUUCUGACAGUUACAGGAAUGAUAGAAGUAGGUCUAAGCGAAAGGGUUCCUUUUCACCUAAGGGUUCUGAACAUCCUAAGCAUUGUAGGAGUAAUCAUGGCAGAAGAAAGCAUUCUUUUUCACCUGAGGGGUCUGGUCCUGAUGAGUACCACAGAAGUUACAAGAGCAGUUAUAAGCAUUAUUCAUCUGAAGAUUCUGACAGUCACGGGGAUGAUCGAAGUAAAAGGAAUAUACAAAAGCAUAAGAGGAAACAUAGCAGAAAAAGACAUUCUUAUUCAGACGAGUAUUAUGGUCCCGCCGGCGAUCAUGCUAAUCACAAGAGCAGGGAUGAGCUUUCUUAUUCAUCUGAUGAUACUAAUCAUCGAAGACAACUCAAUGUUAAAAGAGGCAGCCAUAAGCUCUCAUCAACAGUCCAUUGUGAUUCUCAAAAGCAUAAUGGAAAUUAUGGUUUUGACCGCUACAAAGGAAGUCAGAAGAGCAGCAGUGAGCGUUUUUGUUCAUCUGAAGAUUCUGAAAUCGACAAGGAUGAUCGAAGGUUCAAACGAAAGCACUACCAUACGCCCAAGGGUUCGGAGCAUCCUGAGAGUGAUAUGAAUAAACAGAAUAGAAAGAAACAGCGUUAUUCAUCCAAGGAUUAUAGUGCUGAUGGAUAUCAUAGAAGUGAAAGAAGUAGGUAUGAGCGUUCGUAUUCGUCCGAUGAUUCUGAUCAUCGUGAGAAACAUAAGUCAAGAAGGAGCAGCCACAAGCAUUGAAUAGCUCAUUGCAACUGUCAGAAAAAUCGAAAUUUAGAGCAUGUAGUGCAAGUCUUCUCAAGGGGAAUGCCAAAAUAGUAAAUAUCGUCGUUAUCGACAGUGUUCACCAGUCUAAGAAGUUUUUUUUAAUGUGCUAAAGAGCAAGCAACAAUUUGUGUACCAUGAAUUUGUUGUAUUAUUUAUAUGGUUUUUCAAAGUACCUUUGGGUAACAGAGUUGGCACACCUUUAUUUUUGUCUAUAUUAAUAAAGAAGUCUUUUAUUUUCG